GAGGACAUUGGCAGUGUGCCAUGGACUUACUUAAGUCACUUGUACCCCAGUGUCUUGACGGUCAGGUAAAAGGAAGGACUAUCAUGGCAUUUGUAGCUGGCAGGAUAUCCUUUCGUGCUGCACACUUGCGUCAUGCAGCAAGAAUAAGACGGUGGUACUCAAGUGAUGCUGUUCCUCGCAUAACAACACAUUACACACGGGUGCCGAGGGAAACAGACCCACGAUGGACAGACGUGGACAUGGAACGCUAUGCAGAUGAGGCUGAUGUAGUGAUCGUAGGUGGUGGUCCAGCUGGUUUGGCUGCAUCCAUACGACUCAUGCAGCUGGCACAGGAAGAAGAAAAGGAGAUUAGGGUGAUGGUGGUGGAGAAAGCGGCAGAUAUUGGUGCCCACACCUUAUCUGGAGCAUGUUUGGAGCUCCGUGCUUUGGAGGAACUCUUUCCAGACUGGAAGGAACGCAAUUCUCCGAUAAAUACUCCAGUUACAGCAGACAAGUUUGCUUUCCUCACAGAAAAAAGACGAAUUAAUAUACCAAUAUUACCUGGUAUGCCAAUGCACAAUCAUGGAAACUACAUUGUGCGUUUGGGACACUUUGUUCGUUGGCUUGGCGAGCAAGCAGAAGAGUUGGGUGUUGAGAUUUAUCCUGGCACUCCAGCAUCAGAAAUAUUAUACAAUGAAGAUGGAGCGGUUGCAGGCAUUGCUACAAGUGAUGUAGGCAUUGCUAAGGAUGGCUCUCCAAAGGACUCUUUUGCACGAGGGAUGGAGUUGCGGGCAAAAUGCACAAUCUUUGCAGAAGGUUGUCAUGGCCAUCUUGCCAAACAGCUGUAUACCAAAUUCAAUCUACGUGAAAACUGUGAGCCUCAGACGUAUGGCAUUGGGCUCAAGGAAUUAUGGGAGGUAAAACCUGAAAACCACAAGCCUGGAACCAUUGAACACACUGUUGGAUGGCCACUUGACAAAAACACGUACGGAGGUUCGUUCCUGUAUCACCUGAAUGAAGAGCAGCCACUAAUUGCUCUUGGUUUUGUCAUUGGGUUGGACUACACAAACCCCUAUUUACACCCAUUCAGAGAGUUCCAAAAGUUUAAACAUCACCCGUCUAUAGAAUCCAUAUUGCGUGGUGGGUCGAGGAUUUCAUAUGGAGCCCGGGCCUUGAAUGAGGGAGGAUUACAGUGCAUCCCCAAACUGACUUUCCCUGGAGGAUGUCUUGUAGGGUGUUCACCAGGUUUCAUGAAUGUGCCAAAGAUUAAGGGAACACAUAAUGCCAUGAAGAGUGCCAUGGUUGCAGCUGAGAGCAUAUUUGAUGCUCUUAGUGAUGAGAAGAAUGCUGAAGCCACUUGGAUUGAGCCAGCCACUUACGAGGAGAGAAUAAAAGAGUCUUGGGUGUGGAAGGAACUGCACUCUGUUCGUAACGUUCGCCCGUCCUUCCACAAUCCCCUUGGCUUAUUUGGUGGUCUACUCUAUACUGGUCUCUUCUACAUCCUAGGACGAGGGAAGGAACCUUGGACAUUGAAACAUGGAGGAAUUGAUGCACAAAGUUUAAAGCCAGCAGAUCAGUGCAAACCAAUUUCCUAUCCUAAACAUGAUGGAGAGAUUAGUUUUGAUCUACUGAGCUCAGUUGCAUUGACUGGUACCAACCAUGAUCAUGACCAACCUGCUCACCUGACCCUGAAGGAUGAUUCUGUGCCUGUGGAAAGGAAUCAUGGAAUCUUUGAUGGACCAGAAGGUCGCUUUUGUCCUGCAGGCGUGUAUGAAUACGUGCCAUUGGAGGUUGGUGAUGGUGUAAGACUUCAGAUCAAUGCCCAGAACUGUAUCCACUGUAAAACGUGUGAUAUAAAGUGCCCUUCCCAGAAUAUCAAUUGGGUUGUACCUGAGGCUGGUGGUGGACCUGCCUAUGAUGGAAUGUAAAGUGGUUGUCUAAAGUGUUAAAUUAAUUGGGAUAAAAUGAAAUUGUACAUAGGGAUGAAGAAAUGAAACUUUUAUUGUACAAAUGUGAAUAUCAGAGAUAUUUUUUACAGUUGGUAUUUAUUCCUGGUUUAGACAUGAAAAAGUAAUACAUUUUCACCAUUUAGUUUAGUUACUGGAAUCAUUACAGACCAUAGGUAUGAGUCUCCUCUAAUUCUUCAAAGUUGUAUUCCACCUGAGGUAUGGUUGAGACAGUUACUGUAUACGUGGUUGUAGCCAGAAGACAUCAAGGUAUGCUGAUUGGCAACAGAUAUUUUUGUACAUAAAAUCAGUAGUUGCUUAAAUAUCACUUAUAUUUCAGUAAUGUUCGAGCCAAUACUAAUGGGUGAGAGGCCUACACCACCUCAGAGAAGUUGCCAAAGGGCUUCACAAAGAUUCCCAGCAAAAGCAAAGCAUGGGAAAUUUAUAUUGGUUUGCAAAAAAUGUAAUGCAACUGUUGUGGGAUAUAUCUAAUGUGCUGGGACCCUCCAUACUGCACCUGAUGCAGUAUAUGUUGGAAAAAGAUUAAAUAUACAUCACCGAUAAGUCUCAUGAAAUUACAUAGUCUUCUCUUCAUUAUUGGCACAAAGUGAUUUUUGUGUGGCAUUUGAAAACAUUUUGUCUCAUAUUACGUAGUUUUAUGAGAUACUUUACUCUGACACAGGAGUACUACUUCAUCAUAAUGAUGAAAAUAACAUAAGUUACUUGGAAUCAUCUGGUUUUCAUAAUAUUGUAUGGAGAAGAAUGAAAAUGACAUGUGCACUACUCCAGUUCUCCUUAUUUUAAUGUCUUCAUUAUUCUUCUUAUGAAUUAUUUCACCCAAUUAGCUCUCUUGACUUACCCAGGGGUCAGAGGAGAGGUUGGGAAAUACAAUGCAAUGCAGUACAUAAUAUGUUUCAGUGAUACACGGAUCUUAGUAGGUUAUGGUCCAGAGCUCCUCAUGUAUGAACUUGGAAAUGCAAGUAAAAACAGGUCAGCAGCUGCCCUAAGGUUUGGAUAUUUAGUAGCAGUAUUUUCAUUGCUCCAGUAAUCACUGAAGCCUUUACAUUUAAACAAUGCUUUUGGCUUGAGAGCCAUGCUCAUUUCAAUUAAUUCCUGCUGUUAGUUAGUUUCUACAACUGCAUUUUCUAUUUAAACAUCGAAUGGAGUAGCAAUCCAGUCAGGAACCCACAUAUUCUCAAUAUCUUCAAAAUGAUCUACUGUAUUACCUAUUUAAACAUUUAAAAUUAACUUUUCACCCCUAGAAUUAUAUUGGCCCAUGUCAACCCCUAGAUAUUUAUUGAUCCCCUGCACAGUUUCAUCGACCCCUGAGGGUCUAUAUCUAACACUUUGGGACCCACUGGAUUUAGACUGUACUGUUAACUUUCUUUGUUUAUUUGGGCCAUAAUCCAGUUUAAUUCUGGACUACCCCACUCACUCAGGUCUUUUGGAACCAUUUAGCCAUUUGUACUCAAUAACUGAAGUACUGUGUGUUAUGAUAUUUCUUUUUAAUUUUGGUAUAUGCAAAUUAAUUUAUAAGGUUAUCUAUAUAUUUCACAUACUGUAGUUACAUAUUAUGUUAUUGGGAACAGUCUUUGUACAUUAUUCUAAGAAUCAAAUACAAGCAACUUAGCAAUGCAAUAAUGAUUAAGUUUGGUAAAUGUAAAUACAGUAAUUUAAAUUGAUUUUGUAACUAGGUUUUUCUUAAUGAAAUAAAGAUGGAAGUUAAAAUUUGCUUCCUUGAUGUAUGUUUUU